GCCAAUAGCGAAAUGCAAGGCGUUCAAGAGUGACGGUGUAUCCGGGAGACAGCCGGUGGGCUGCAGAGAAAGUUGCUCACUUUACCUUUGAUAAUUUGCACUGCAUUCAUCUUCUUCUUGGUUUGAUUGCAGUUUAAAGCCGCCGGGAUGGCUUUCGAUGUCAGACGACUUGAUAUCUACAGGAAAGUGCCAAAAGACCUUACACAGCCCACAUACACAGGAGCUUUUAUUUCCAUCUGUUGCUGUGUGUUCAUGCUGUUCCUUUUCCUGUCAGAACUGACUGGCUUCAUUGCCACUGAAAUAGUGAAUGAAUUGUACGUGGACGACCCUGACAAAGAUAGUGGAGGAAAAAUUGAAGUGAAUCUAAAUAUCAGUUUACCUAACCUUUCAUGCGAUGUCGUUGGACUAGACAUUCAAGAUGAAAUGGGAAGACAUGAAGUUGGCCAUAUUGAUAACUCCAUGAAACUUCCUCUAAAUAAUGGCCAAGGCUGUAGGUUUGAGGGACAAUUCAGUAUUAAUAAAGUUCCUGGUAAUUUCCAUGUGUCCACACACAGUGCCACUGCGCAACCAGAUAACCCAGACAUGACUCAUAUAAUUAACAAGCUGACAUUUGGUGAAAUAAUAGAGGUUAAAAAUGUUCAAGGUGCUUUCAAUGCCUUAGCUGGAACAGAUAAACUUAGUUCAAAUGCUCUAGCAUCGCAUGACUAUGUACUGAAGAUAGUCCCUACAGUAUAUGAAGAUCUAAAGGAAAAACAACGCUUUUCCUAUCAGUACACAGUGGCACAAAAGGAAUAUGUGGCAUAUAGUCACACAGGCCGUAUUAUACCUGCCAUCUGGUUCCGAUAUGACCUCAGCCCAAUCACUGUCAAAUAUGUUGAACGACAACAGCCAUUAUACAGGUUUAUUACAACAAUUUGUGCAAUCAUUGGAGGAACAUUUACAGUUGCUGGGAUCAUAGACUCUUGCAUUUUUACAGCAUCUGAAGCCUGGAAGAAGAUUCAACUGGGCAAAAUACACUAGCAACAAUGUAUGCAAUUACCGAGCCAGUCCAGUUUGCAAGCAACUGACUUAAAAUGAAUUGAGAUUUUUAUUUAUGCUGGACUACCAACCAGAGUCAUUCAAAGUUACAGCUAGAUUUUGGGUAAUUCUGUUUCAUUCUGUAGUCAUUAAGAAGUGAAAUGUGUUUCGCAGGAUGUUUGAAUAUCUAAAUGAAUGACAAAGUAACUCAUGCACAUCUGUCUUUAAUAAUAUUACAUUAUAUUCUGAUGUAAAUUGAUAACAUUGUUGAAGAAAACAUCUAAAGCUGAAAGAGUUGUUGAGAAAAAUAGAAUGUCUUUUCUGAUCUUAAAGCCAAACAAAAACAGUGGACAAUGAAGAGAUACCUGAUGUUGUUCUGUUUUACAUUUUUAUGCAACAGGAUUAAAGUUAGAUUUUGUUUAGUUCUUUCAACAAAGUUCAACAUACCACUUAACGCAACAAUUUGGACAUCAGUUUUUAUGUUAUAUAAAAGUACUAUCUUUUGUCUGUGUCUUUACAUAGAACAGUAAAGCUCAGUAACAGGCUCUUGGGCCCACCAUGUCUGUGCCGACCAUGAUGCUAUUCUGAACUAAUUUAACCUGGCUGCACAUGGUCCGUGUCUCCCUAUUCCCUGCCUGUUCAUGUGUCUCCCUAUUCCCUGCCUGUUCAUGUGUCUAGCUAAAUGUCCCUUAAACUGUGCUAUCAUAUCCAUUUCCACCACCUCCCCUGGCAGUAUGUUCCAGGAACGAUCAGAAAUUUAAUUUGCAUUGUUAUAUCUUACUGUCUGUAUGUAAAAUGUGCAUAUUUUGAAUAGCAUGUUGGUAGUUUUGUUUUAAAGAAAACUUGCACAUAAGUUUUGUGACUGCUUUUGAGGGCUAUAUUCAGUGCUUAAAAUUGAAAAUUAGGACCUAUAUUUAUAUUAGUAUACCAUUUUUUCCAUAGUUAUUUACUGGUAUUUUAAUGUAUUCAAAGUUCAUUGGAUGCAAAUAAUCUCCAUGCUGGAAUUUUAGGUAACUCUAAGCAAUUACUUGAUGGGUUUAAAAAAACAGUAUUUAUCUGAAGUGAAUCAUCAAAUCGGAAUUAAUGCUUUUAUCCCCUUAUGGUUAGUGACGAUGCAGAGACACUCAAAAUUUCAAGGUGCAGCUAUAAAUGAUUAUGUAUAAACACUCUAUUUCAGUAGGUACUUAGCUAAUAGAAAAACAGUUAUAACAUGGGGAAACUGAAGUAAAUUGCCUGAGAGAAAUGUUGAAAAUUAUACCUUAUCAGUGGAACAGAUGAGCAAUGAUAUUUAAAUAUUUUUCUCCAAUGUAUAGUGCCAAAUGUCUUGAAUAACGAUAUGAAUCAUUCCUCUAAAUUUAUUUUUAAAGUUUAUAAUAAAGUCAUUCAAAAUGCAGUAUUUGGUGCUCCAGAACUAUGAAGAAGCCAAUGUAAAUCAGUAAACAUCUGUGAGGUAAAAAUUUAAAGCAGUAUCGUGUAAGGAAAGAGAUCGUAGGAACUGCAGAUGCUGGAGAAUCGGAGAUAACAAGGUGUAGAAUUGGAAUUUUAUGAAGAAGGGUCUAGGCCCGAAAUGUCAGUCUUCCUGGUCCCCUGAUGCUGCUUGGCCUGCUGUGUUCAUCCAGCUCUACACCUUGUUAUCUCACAUAAGGAAAGAUAUUGUUAAGUAUUUUGCAGUUUUCUGUUCAUCUACAAAGUACUCAACAAAUAUUUUUCUUCGAACCUUUUUUAAAGGUUGCUUGAUUUCCAACGUUUCUGAAAAAGAGACGGCAGUCAUUUUUGUUGACAAAGUAGGCUUACCAAAACAAUCUGUAUUUUUCACUUUUUAAAAAUUGUGAUGUAGUUCUGAAGGUUGAGAAAACAAUUGUCCCUUCUGAAAUGUUUCACAUUGUCCCUUAUUUGAGGCAAGUUCAUUUGUUUAAGUAUAUUGUAUUUGUAUGCAGUGUAUGAAAGUUAGUGCAGGAACUGUUUGGUUACAUUUCGGAACGUUAUGUAGAUUCAUAUUUUAGAAAUAAAUUCUAUAAUGUUGCUGUGGUGGCAUCACUAAUGUCUAUUGUGCACAACAGCGAUUACCAUUCGAGCUAGCAGUUUCCUGAAACCAUGCACUGCAACAACAAUUCUGUCAAAUAAAAGAGUAAUGCAUAUGCAUGAAACCAGUAUGGUAUGAUUUAUAAAAUGUCCUUUUAGAAAAAUACAUUGCUAAAACCUCUACCAUCAUUUUCCAUCCAUUUGGAUUGAAAAGUACUGUGUUUGUGUUUGUCACUGUUCUUAACUAUGAUGAAUGCAUGCGGGUUUUCUUUUCAGUUGACAUGUAUAAUACUUGUAAUAUCGAAGGAGAUCAAAAUUAACAUUAAAAGUACCAUCCUAGUGAUGUCUGAAUUCUGCAGAAAUUCCACUUUGAACUGAUGAUACUGAAAAAAAUGUAUUUAAGCACAUAUCUAAUUAAAACUUUUUGAACAA